GUGUCGCGCAGUUAGUCGCAAGGUGCAAUUCGAAUCGGCUCGUGCUCGUCGCUUCGACUCAGCGCUACAUACGCGCGACUAUUGCGCAGUUUUACUCCGAGUUGACAGAACAUGGCAUUGGUGCCGAGAAGCAACUGGUAUCGCGAUUGGUGGAACGAGAUAGAUCGCUACCACCGGGACAUCGAGAGGCACUUCGAACGGCUGACCCUCUACAACGACAAUGUGUGGCGGAUGCCGCCGUUCCCGUCGUUCCGCAGCUUCUUCCGGCCGUGGCGCAGCAUGCUCGAUGACCUGGACCGCGAUGUGGCCGGCAUGACCACGGUCGAGCAGAACGACGACCGGUACCGGGUGAUCGUGGACGUGCAUCAGUUCGCCCCCGAGGAGGUCACGGUACGCACCGACGACAAGUACAUCACCAUCGAGGCCAAGCACAAGGAUAAACCGGAUCGGCGCGGCUACGUCUCCAGAGAAUUCAUGCGUCGCUACCUGCUGCCCAGAGGCUACGAUAUCGACCGUUUGCAGCCGAACCUGUCAUCCGACGGUAUCCUCACCAUCACGGCGCCCAAGUUGGCCCUGCCGGCGCCGGGCGAACGAAUCUUGCCCAUCAAACGAAGCUUCUUCCCGGCCAUUCGAGGUCGCGACAAAUAUUAAUAGCUUUCUCCCGCAAAGGACAACGUACGAAGUAACGCAAAUCCCAGACAGCACACGUCUAAAGUCCGGUAAUGAGGCGUUUUUUAAAAUGUUUUUUCGAGGAAAGACGUGUUAAAGACGGUUUUAACCCUUUCUGACUUGAAUUUAUUUUUGCAAGUGAAAGAAAAUUUUUCUUUCAAUUUUGUUUGUCUUUGGGCACGGCAAGAGUUACAGUGAGGGAACUUAAAAGUUAGUGAUUACAAUUGGAAUCAGUCGGGCAGAAAGGGUUAAAGACGUUUCAUGACUUGAUCUUAGACGUUGCGCUGUCUGAGACGUUUGUAAUGGACAUCCGUGAGAUUGCCUAGAUAUCCCGGCGACUUUUCCCAACUCUGCGGGGAGAAAAGUGCUGUUGUAUCAUUAAAAUUGAUCAACAGCGCCGUGAUCUAAAUUUCUGGAUUGAAUGGCAAAAAAUAUUAUUGAAACUAAUAUGUUGCAAUAUUGUGCAAUAUUUUAAUAACUUGCGCGAGCAUUAUUUUAAUAAUAUCAUUAUUGAAUCAAGACGAUUCACCUCAAGUAUGGCACAGUUGACAAAUUCUAUCGAUACAGCACUUUCUUCCGUGUAUCACCAGAUCUAGGAAGAGAUUAAUUUAAUUUACGCACAAGCGAGGCCCGAUCAACUUUGAUCGCGUUCUGGACGUUUGUAUCCAACUUGAGAUGUUUUUGCUGAAAAAUGAUCGGAGGAAACGACAUUUCUUCCGGCUGCCUUUUGCGACGUGUUUCAGACGUGUUGCGUUUAGAUUUCCCUGCGGAUGUCUAUUACGGAGUACAAUCAACCACGAUACAAUGUACGAAACGAUACCGUAAACUUCCAUCGAUGUACAUAUCAUGUACGUAUGUGUAUUCCAUGUAUAUUUAUAUACACACACACACACAUAUAUAUAUAUAUAU